GUUGUCGACAGUGGUGGUCAGCCUGUGCACGCCACUUGCUUGCUUGCUUGGACGAGCGACUUGAGUCAGGUCAGUUACCUCACCUUGCGGGGGCAAUUGGUGCAGCUGCACACGUCGCACGUGCACUUGCCCUGGGCAGCGAGAACCUCCGUCAGCUUAUCGUGUACGCUGAAAAGAGGGGAGGGGAAGAGAUGGGGAAUGCUCACCUGGUUGCAGGUGGUGCAGUCUUGGGUGUUGGAGCAGGUGCAGGCCAUCUUGUUUGCUUUCUUCUUGCGAGGAGGCUGUUUUAAGUUGGCUUGGCUUGGCUAGGCUUGACUAGGCUUGAUGAGGAGACAGUGGCGGAGGUGGUGGGUGGGAGAGAGAUGCUUCCUUUCCCCCUUGCUGGCACUAUGCUAUGCCCCCGGCUCUCUCUGCGCAUAAAAUGUCGCACGACACCCAAGGGAGAAGAGAUGCCGGGCCCGUGCGCGCCACUUUUUUCCACGUGGACGAGAGCGCGAGGUGGAGUCGCGCUCUUCUCCGGUUGGAAGACAGGCUGGAAGACUGGGAACGAGGAACGGCCAGCAAAGGAGACGGACGCUACGAGACGAUACAAAGAGGGACAGGGAGCGAUGGCGGCGCCGGUGCUGCUGGAAUGGAUGGCCGUCGCCGCGCUCUUUGUGGCCGCGUGGACGCACGUCGUGGUGGCGCCCUACUCCAAGGUCGAGGAGAGCUUCUCGGUGCAGGCGGUCCACGACAUGCUCGCGUACGGCCUCACGCCGGCCGGUCUCGCAGAGUACGACCACCUGCAUUUUCCCGGCGCCGUGCCGCGCUCGUUUGUGCCCCCGCUGUUCCUCUCGGCCCUCUGCUGGCCGCUCGUCUGGCUCGCACAGCCGCUCCUCCGCACCAGCGCCGACGUCCAGCUCCUCGUCCGGCUCGUGCUGGCGAGCCUGUAUGCCGCCUCGCUCGUCUUCUUCUCGCGCUGCUGCUUCCCACGUCGCUCCGCCGCCGCCGCCGGCACGCGCGUCGCCUUUCUCGCCGUGUCGGCCGUCCAGUUCUGGCCCCUCUUUUGGGCCGGCCGGACGACACCAAACGGCCUCGCGCAGCCCGCCGUCGUCGUCGCCCUCGGCCUCUUCUUCCGUGGAGGAGGAAGGAAGGGCAGCACGCGCCUCACAGCGCUCGCCCUGCUCACAGCGACAGCCACCGUGGCGCGCCUCGAGCUCGUCGGCCUCGUGGUGCCCGUCGCCCUUCUUAUUUGCUUCGUCAAUGCUCGCCCUGACGCAGCGAUGCGUGCGCUGGCCUCCGUCCUCGUCACCGGCUUCGUUUCUGGCCUUCUCUCUGCCGCGACGAGCAUCGUCGUCGACACCUACUUCUGGCGCCGCUCCUACGCCCUCGCCGGCGCCUUCUCCAUCGACGGCCAGCGGCGUGGCCCGUGCUGGCCCGAGCUCGAGGCCAUCCUCUUCAACGUCGUCGAGGGCCGCUCGGCCGAGUGGGGCGCCGAGCCGCGCAGCUUCUACCUCGUCGCCGCCCUGCCCCGCCUCGUCUCGCUGCCCCUCGUGCCCCUGUUUCUCAUCGCACUCGUCGGUGUGGCGGUGGAUCGAGCAGGCAGAGACAGACAAGGCACUGCCCUGCUCCUUGCUGCGAGCCACAUGGGCGUGCUGAGCCUCCUCGCCCACAAGGAGACGCGCUUCAUCGCCUACCUCUCGCCGCUCCUCAACCUCGUCGUCGCCCGCGCUGCCUCUUCCCUAUGGACGGGUCGCAAGACGGCACUGGCGCGCGUGCGCAGGGCCCUCGUCGUCGUCUCACUCGCCCUCGCCGCCGCCCACGCGGGCUUCGCGCUCUGGAUCAGCGCCCAGAACUACCCCGGCGGCGCCGCGCUCGAGCUCCUACACAGCACCGUGCCCGCGCACGAAAAUGUCACGGUCCACAUCGACGUGCUGCCGGCCAUGACGGGCGUAACGCGCUUCCAGUCGCUCCACCUCGCGCGCCCGCCCUCGUCAUUGUUAGUGAUUUCGCACAGCCGUAUCGAGGACCAGCAAUGGCCUGCGUGGACGUACGACAAGACCGAGGACCUCGACGCGGGCGCGCCCCAGUGGGCCACCUACACCCACCUCGUCGCAGACCAGCCCUGCGCCGCGGUCAACAGCGCUCCUGGUGCCGCCGGACCCCAUUUCGAGGCGCUGGUCGGCACAGGCCCCAUUGAGGCAUUUGAGCGACUCCAGCGACGCCGCCCGCGCGACAUUCUCGCCGCCCUUCGCAGUGCCCUCGGCCAAGGGUCCUCAUCGCCACCGCGAGCAGCAGCAGCAGCAGCAGCAGCAGCCGACGUGGUGGCCGCACUCAGCCCCGUCGUGAUGCAGCGCAGCGAGGCCGUGUGGCUCUGCCAGCGGGCCACAGCACCGUCGUCAGAGCCACUAAACAGAUAGAUAGAUUGGGGCGAAAGGGAACAUUUGGUAUUGCAGCAAUUAGAAUGUGUCUUUGUAAGGAAAACUGGGAAGGAAGCAGUAAUGUGGGGGAAGCAGGGCCGAUGAGUUUGAAUGCGGGGCCAGAAUUGAC